CGUACACGUACACACAGACAUAAAGGAUACUCUCCGUUUAACAGGAAAAGCUACGUUGCCUUCCAAGUACCGGGAGUUGGCCAGUAGCUAAACGUUAUCUCCUCGUAUUACGUACAUGUAUUUAAAUGGACGCUGAGUGCCCAGAAGUCAUUACGAGCCUUGCCUCCGACAACAGCAGGUCCCUCACCGGCGCUGUAGCGACAGACGACGACUGGACUCUCACACGUCAACAUGAAUCCUUGCUUCAGCAACGGCCUGUCCGCCGUGCCUUCAGCAAUUCUCACACCCACGCAGGCCAACAACAGCUUUGUCGGGGGCGCCGCUGGCCUGGACCCCUACGGCCAGUACGCCACCACACCGUCAUGGCCACCACAGCUGGACUCCAGCCCUCAGGUUGCAAUCAGCGACACUCCUCAGUUGUGCCUCGAUGACAACGAAAAUCCGGAUGACGUCACUACCUGGAAAAUGCAGACCAUCCACCAGGUGGCCACAUCCCUCGCUCAGAACCAAGCAUAUUUUGAUCUGGAAGAUCAGUGGCCUCUGGCACCACAGGACACCUGGAAUGACUACGAGCACGAAAACAACAACAACAACGGCUACGGGGAGGAAGACGUGUUGGGUGCGUAUGGCAACACUGCCCCUCUGUAUGCAGUUCCCAGUGGCAAUGGUGUGCCUGAGUCUUUCACGGGCGCUGCUCCCCGCCGCCGGAAGCCCAAGAUGUACGAGUGGCCGCCUCAGUCUGAUCCCAAGCAGGAAAAGAGGAGACUGCGGGCUCUGCGGCAGCACAAGCUGCGCCUCAAAGAAGAUCAAAUGGAGCUCAGCCUGCACCGCCAACUGGAGGAAAAGCAGGGCGAGGUGGCCACGCUAACCGCUGAGGUUCACCAGCGUCACCAGAACGUGCUCAUGUUGGAGAAGCUUGUCGCUGAGAAGCGCGCUGCUCAGCAGAGGCACAUGACACACCACCGCCAGACAGGAAACUUCUGAUCCCCUCUACUCUUACACAUACUACCAGUACUGAAUGUUACUGCUACACCACCAGUGUCUUUCCAAAUACUACAUAUUUAAUACCAAAGUGAUACACUGUGAUAGAAUGCUUAUGAAUGUGUUUGUGUGUGUGUGUGUGUGUGUGUGUGUGUGUG